CGCGUCUGGACUGGACCGGUUUUCUACUGUACACUGACACUUCACUAAGAAACCUCAAUCUAUUUUUAGCACAAAUGGAGCGAUGGGCGUGCAAAACAGCGGUUGUGACGGGAGCAAGUUCGGGCAUUGGAGCCGCGAUCUGUGUGUCUCUUGCUAACGCAGGUCUCAAUGUAUUGGGGCUCGCCAGACGAACUGAGCUUAUCGAUAAACUAAAGGCAGAAGUAAAAGGAAAAGGGUCAAUCCACAGUCACAAGUGCGACGUGGCCAAACUGGCAGACAUCGAGGCGGCAUUCAAAUGGGCGGAAGAGAAUCUAGACGGCGUACAUGUUAUGGUUAACAAUGCUGGAGUCAUGACCCCGGGGAAUAUCACAGAGCUCGGCGGACCGGCAGUAAGCGACGAGACAAUAAUCACAACGGUAAACGUGAACCUCACGGGUCUGGUUCUAUGCACACGUCGCGCUAUCAACUUGAUGAAGAAGUAUCAGGUCGACGGCCAUAUAAUCAACGUUGACAGUCUCGCCGGUCACUACAUUCCGUUCGUACCAGGAUUCAACAUAUAUCCUGGUACCAAGUAUGGUGUGAGAGCAUUCUCAGGUACUCUUGUCAACGAGCUGGCUCAACUUAAGAGCAAAAUCAAAGUUACGAAUCUGUCUCCGGGCUUGGUGAGAACAGAGAUGGCAGUGGAGGCGACGAAGGCUGUUGACUUCAUGCCGCUUGAGCCUCAGGAUAUAGCCGAUGCUGUUCUUUAUGCCGUGGCCACACCACCUAAUGUUAAUAUCACCGAGUUGACGAUCCAACCGGUGAACGAGAAGAGAUUGUAAAUUGUAAGAAAAAUAUAAAUGCACAAAUGUGAUUCGUUUGAUUGGCUACCGUGCCGCUUCUCUACGAAAGUUGGCGACCAUAUAUGGCUAUCCUCAUUUUUGAAGCUGCCCCACGAAAAAAUGUACUAAGAUUGAACCAGUCUCUCAGAUUCUUCAACCACUAGGUUUCCCUUCUACCACGACUACGGUUUCCUUAGAUUUUCCC